UUCAUGCAUGACCAUCUUUAGCUGUCCAAUACCGCUAGCUCUGUAUUUCUUCAUCAUUGAUCUUAUUUCACUUUUCUGAGUCCAUAUUCUCGUGAUCUUUCUCUUUUAUCUCUUUUUUCACCACCCGCACGCACGCAUGGGACGUAGGAUUAGAUCAAGCUUCUGCCCUUUUGCUUUUGCCGUUCAACUACUACUCAUUUCAUGCCUCCACCAAUAUUGCAAUGCCAAAGCAGAGCAAUCGAGUAACUUGGGUCGUGAUUUCCAGUUGGACAGCUGCAAUUUCUUCCAAGGAAGUUGGGUUUCUGACGAUUCUUAUCCUUUGUACAAAACAGCAGUCUGCCCGUUUGUCGAGGAAGGAUUUGAUUGCCAAAGAAAUGGGCGGCCUGAUAAUGAUUAUCUCAAAUACAGAUGGAAGCCUACAGGCUGUGCAUUGCCGAGAUUUGACGGUCGGGAUUUCUUGAGAAGAUUUCAAGGGAAGAGAAUAUUAUUCAUAGGGGACUCUCUAAGCCUCAAUCAGUGGCAAUCUCUCACAUGCAUGCUUCAUGUUUCAGUGCCCCGAACAAACUACACUGUCCAGAGAAGAGGCGGACUCUCAAUCUUUACUUUGCAGGGCUAUCGAGUUUCUGUGGCGUUUUCCCGUAAUGCAUUUCUGGUGGAUCUUGUAAAAGAAAAUAUCGGCACUGUUCUAAAGCUCGAUUCCAUUAACAAUGGAAAUGAGUGGAAAGGAUAUGACAUGCUUAUCUUCAACUCCUGGCACUGGUGGCUCCAUACAGGAAGAAAACAGCCAUGGGAGUAUGUUCAAGUAGGAGAUAAAAUACAGAGAGAUAUGGAUCGUCUGGCUGCUUUUAAGGAGGGGCUAACCACUUGGUCAAAGUGGGUGGACUCUAACAUAGAUACUAAAAUCACCCAAGUAUUCUAUCAAGGCGUUUCUCCAACCCAUGACGGUGGUGAAGAAUGGAACUCCUCAAACUCAAACUCUACAACGUCUUGCCGUGGACAAACACAACCCGUGAGUGGUUCAACAUAUCCAGGGACUUUGCCGCCAGCCGUAGCGGUGGUAAAAGAUGUGUUGAGUAAAAUCUCAACUCCCGUGACAUUGCUCGAUGUGACUACUUUAUCACAACUGAGAAAAGAUGGACACCCAUCGAUUUAUGGUUUCGAUGGGAGAAGGGGAAAUGACUGUAGUCAUUGGUGUCUUGCUGGUGUCCCUGAUACAUGGAAUGAACUCUUAUAUGCAAUUCUUGUCUCUCGAUCAAGACGUAAUUCAGGCCAUUAAAAGCUAGCUAGCUAGCCCGCGUCUUAAUUAACAUUAUUGUUUACUUUAAUUUGGUAGUCGAUCUUUUCAGCUAGCUAGCCUCUUAAUUUGGUGUCUGAAAAUUGUUAACUUUUGGUGGUAUUUGAUCCAAUAUUCUUUGGUGAAAAUUAAUGUAA